CAGACUCCACCUGCCUGUCCUUUUGCAGCGGGCCACAUGCCCCGGGGCCCAGAAAGGAUCCGUCAUUCAAGGGAUGGCAUGCUGAGCAGCCAGGGGACUGCGGCGGACACCCCCGGUCAUUGGAUCGGUGGCAGCUGGUCUCAGGUGCUAUUUUCACUCCGCGCACAGCCAUGGGCAGCCCCCACCCAGGCCUGGGGGCCCCGGCAGCCCCCACUCUCCCCAGCGCCGCCAUGAAGUCCACAGGGAGCGACAACGGCGGCUUCGCCUCCGACCCCGACGAGCUGGACAGCGGCAGCGAGAGCUCCGGCAAGUCGACGGGCGGGGGCAGCCCGGCGCGGGGGCCCCGGGGCCAGCGGAGGGCCCGGCGGCUGGGCAGCGUCAGCAAGCAGCGGCAGGCGGCCAACGCGCGGGAGCGCGACCGGACGCACAGCGUCAACACGGCCUUCUCCGCCCUGCGCACCCUCAUUCCCACCGAGCCGGCCGACCGCAAGCUCUCCAAGAUCGAGACGCUGCGCCUGGCCUCCAGCUACAUCUCGCACCUGGCCAACGUGCUGCUGCUGGGCGAGGACAGCCCCGACGGGCAGCCCUGUCUGCAGUACCACAGCGUCCUGCAGGGCGGCGCUCACCUCGCCGGCCCCGCGCUCCGGCCCAUCUGCACCUUCUGCCUCAGCAACCAGAGGAAAAUGGUCAGAGAUGGGGAGAAACACUCGUCUGUUUGACUGAGCUGUGGAAACGGAGAGGACGCAUGCUCGGACAAGCGCCGAUGUUUACAUGUAAAGACGACUACUGUUGUAUAGAAGAAAGAGGGGGGGG